AUGAAUCCUCAAAUUAGCAAUCUGGUCAUCAUGUUGGUGAUGAUGCAACUGGCUCGUCGGAUCGAUAUGGAGGAUGAAAAGAAUAUCAUGUACAUUAGAAUCGCAUACGGGACCUCUGUGGGUUUGGCGUGGAUCGUCUACCAGUUGGUCAGAAGGAUUAUUGUGUCAAAGAACGAUUUGACGACUUUGAAAUACGUCACUCCAGCAAGUCCCAUGAGCGGCGAAGGCGAGAAAUUGGAGGUGACGACCGUCAGAGACUACGACUUGAAGGAGAUCGACAGCUCGAUUAAGUCUAUCUACACCGGUCUGGCCAUGAUGGGGUUCAUGCACUUUUACAUGCAUUACACUAACCCAUUGUUUAUGCAGGCGAUCUCUCCUAUCAAGAGCGCUCUGGAGUCCAAUGAGGUCAAGAUUCACCUGUUUGGCAAGGCUGCGUCGGGCGAUCUGAAGAGACCCUUCGCGGCACCCUCUCUGUUUGGCGGGUUCGGUGGCAACAACGGGCCAAAGACCGACAAAAAGUCCAUUGAAGAGGCUGAAAGAGCAGGUACCGGUGGUGUCAAGGCCGAGUGA